AUGCCUUCCAAUUCUCGACCGGUGAAGGUGGCGUGCCUGGCCUGUCGAGCCUCCAAAAUUCGAUGUGACGGGCAAAAUCCAUGCACUAAUUGCACUAUCCAUCGACAAGAAUGCCGGUAUCAACCCAGUCGGCGAGGGGGUGCUCGACGGGGCCCUGUUGCCGCCGAGGAGAGGGCCAUGAAAAAGGCCCAACGACUGCAAACUGCAGCCAGGGUCAAUAAUCAUGCCAUGACAAAUGAUGAGUUUACUCCGGCCCAGAUAUUGCAGAUCAAUGCAGCUACCCCGGUUUCUCUUCCAUCUCCGUCUCCGAUUGAAACCGGAUCCCGACCAUCCGAUACGCUGCAGAGUAAAGACAGCCCGGAAUUCCCGUUAUCGCCUAGAGGCCGUAGAACCGGUCAGGAGUCUCGGGGAACUGUGGGCCAUCCGACACGAAGCCUCCGUGCUUAUCGGUGUGAUCAGGAUCUGAUCAACGCUUACUACAUCUUCAUACAUCCAUACCUCCCUCUACUACCCCCACCAGCUGUGUCCCAGUAUGUGGACAAGCCUGUGGCUCUGAGCAUGCGGUCGGCCCAUGUAGAUGCAUCUCAUCUGCCUUACUGGCCGACUACCUCACUUGGCUUGGCUAUGGCAGCAAUACUGACACUGAUACCCCUACCGGGAGAUGCGCACGCGAUGGAGAAUGAGGCUGUCACCUUGCGACGCUCUCAUGCCGAUUAUUUUGCACGCUCAGCGCUAGAUGUAUCGGAAGAAUCUCUCGUGCCGUCUUCCAAUUCCGAACUCACUCAGGGCCCAUGCAGCCCCUUGCAUCCGGAAAUUCCCAGGCAAUUGGAGCCGAUCCUGGCAUUAGCACUUCUCAGCCUAUACGAGUGCUGCCAGCGAGGAAAUGUCCCCAAGAUGCGCAUCCGAGCCAAUCAGGCAUUAACCAUGGCUAUGGACCUAUCGUUACAUACGCAGAAGUCUGCGAAUAACUGUUCCGACGCGAUCCGUCGCUGUUGGUGGUCGACGAUGUUCCUCAUUUAUCAGUCUUCUAUAUUGACAGCUUCGGCACCCCUAAUUACAAGCGAUGACUUCCGCAUUACCACGCCUUAUGUAGUAAUUCGUGGCUGUCGAGAGCCAUGGCCCUACGUCGUACAAGCACAAUCCCUACUUCACCGUAGCUGCACCAUCACCCGCCAGCUCUUCAACGAAACCACCCACGAUCAAAGAUGUCUUCCCCGUUCUUUCCACAACGAAGUAAAUCUCCUCGACUCUUCUCUCCUCGAUAUAGCCACUGAAACAGACCGCUACCGCUGCAUAGCCAACUGCCAAGGCACGGAAGCCGACGCGGAGCGCGUGCUCUGGGCAAUAUCGCGCGUCCUAAUUCACACAGCUAGAUUGCUCAUCCAUAGAGUUCGCGCUUUCCCUGACCGUCCUGCCGAUAGCUUCACGACUACUUCCAACAGCAGUACUAGCGGAACUAGCACCCCCCUCUCUCCGUCCCGAAGAGCUGAAAUUGAUGUUCUAUUUCCGUUUGAUGAGCAAGAAUCCAUGCGUAUCUGCAUUCGCUCUGCGCUGUUGAUCUCUCGCGUCUUCCGUCACCUGCCUACACCGAAUCCGAUGUACUCCGAUAUCCCUGCGGAUGGAGAGACCUUUGGAUUUGGACUUGGACUCGGACAGAUUGGUGGAGACUCGAGGCGAUCGCUGAUCUCACCACGCUCUCUACCAUACAUGGCCUGGUGUGGGAUGCAGAGCUUCUAUGUACUUGCCAUGGUGCUGUGGCGUGUGCGGGCGGCGUUGUCUGCCGGAAAUCUGAGCAGUGUUUAUGAAUUCCUAGACCAACCGACUGAGCGGACGGCGAUACAGGAUGCGGAAAGGCUAGAGGAGGAGUUACACAUGGGGAUCGAGUCACUGAGAGUGUCAAUGAAAGCGGAUGGGGUGUACGAGGGUGUCGGGAGGAUGGUUAGGGAGUUGGAAAGCGUGUUUGAUGCUACUAUGAUGGGGUGA